UCUACUCUCCCCUCUUUCUCUUUACUUGAAGAUGAUGACCGGAAACUUGAACGGCGGUGGAAGAGGAGGAGAAGGACCGUGCGGGGCGUGCAAGUUCUUGAGGAGAAAGUGUGUGAAAGGGUGCGUUUUCGCUCCGUAUUUCGAUGCAGAGCAAGGCACGGCGAGGUUUGCAGCGGUUCACAAAGUGUUUGGAGCGAGCAAUGCCUCUAAAAUGUUACUGAGAUUGCCUUUGCACAAGCGGUUUGACGCAGUGGUCACGCUCUGUUACGAGGCCAUGGCUAGGCUUCGUGAUCCUGUUUAUGGCUCUGUUGGCCAUCUCUUCUCUCUUCAGCACCAGGUGAUGAAUCUACAAGCAGAGCUAGCGCAUGUUCAAGCUCGUCUUUCAACAUUUCAGCACUUUCCUCUACAGUCGCCACAGCUGCCGCCUAUCGAUCUUGCGCAUAACAAUGAAUAUCCGAUGGAACAACCGAGUAACUUGGAUAGUGCGUGGGAAGAAGAACAUUUACUUCAAGGUGGAAUUGAAGAUGGGGAAUUCCAAGAACUGGCCAUGCAGUACAUCUCAAGGUACUUACCAGCGGUCAAACUUCCGGCUGGCACUUAGGUCAAACUACUAGUCAGACGUAUGUAUCAUAGCAAUGGAGAGUAGGAAAAAAAAGGGACGAGUCUCUGUUCCCAAAGUUGACCAUUCCACUUAAGAUCAUUACUAUGCCAAUAGGCCCAUCUUAAGAGAGAUAUAUAGCUAAAAUUAUGUAUGCCUGUUAGAAUUGGUUAUUGCAUGGAGUGUUUCUACGAUAAAUC